GCAGGAAAUCUCCAUUUUUGGGGUUCAUUUGCAAAACAAACGGUAAAUCCACAUCGAAUAGCAAAGAGGUAAUUUGUCCCGAUGACAAAUACAAAGAAGAAGGUGAUCUCUGGAAUGUUGAGGCUCAGACUGCAUUUUUGGGCCCCAAUUUAUGGGAGAAAACUCUGCCCUACGAUGCUGAUCUUAAGGUAACACAAUAUGCCGAUUUAGAUGAAUUUUUAUCGGAGAACAAUAUACCUGAUGGCUUGCCUGGUACCCAUUUGGGUCAUUCGAGUAGUUUGGGUCAUCGUUCAGAUUCCCUAAGUCAUGCAGCUGGUCUGUCCCUGGGACUCGGACACAUAACGACAAAACGUGAACGAUCACCGUCACCGUCAGAUUGUAUAAGUCCGGAUACCUUAAAUCCACCAUCACCAGCUGAGUCAACAUUUUCCUUUGCAUCAUCGGGGCGAGAUUUCGAUCCGCGCACACGAGCAUUUUCUGAUGAAGAGCUCAAACCGCAACCCAUGAUCAAAAAAUCACGCAAACAAUUUGUUCCAGAUGAACUCAAGGACGACAAAUACUGGGCACGCCGACGAAAGAACAACAUUGCUGCCAAACGGUCGCGGGAUGCACGCCGUCAAAAGGAAAAUCAAAUUGCGAUGCGGGCGCGAUAUUUGGAAAAAGAGAAUGCCACAUUACACCAAGAGGUGGAACAGCUUAAACAGGAGAACAUGGACUUGCGUGCACGUCUCUCUAAAUUCCAGGAUGUGUAAUGCUGAUUUUCUUUCUUCACAUAAAAAAAACAAACAAAAACAACAACAAAAUAACAACUAUGGUUUACAUAAAUUAUGUAUACUAAUAACAACAAAAAAACAACACUUCUUUUCUGUCUGGAUUUAUAAUAAUAAUAAUUAAAAAUAAAAUAA